AUGGCGGAAAGACCCUCUAGUCCGCCACGCCGGCUCAGAUCCUGCGUCUCUUGUGUAAAGGCGAAGGCGAAAUGUCGUUUUCAGCAAGAGAAUGUUGCGCGCCAUUUGUGUGAUAGGUGCCAAGGCUUGGAUAUCGAAUGCACGCCUCAGUCUACGAGAAGCUUGAGAAAGCCCAGGAGGAUAAAGAUCAGUGACAGCUCGACUACCCUAGAGCAAACCACCAUCCCAGGGGGUCAUGAGAACAACGAUAUUGGAGGUCAUGAAAGAGGUGCUGGAGGUCUGGUCAAGAAUAAUCAGCAGGCCGAUUCUCCGUUGGACUCCCAGACUCUGCAACCUCCGUUUGGGCUCUCAUGGCUCCAAGCAACUCUUGCUUUGACUACUUUCCGCCAGAAUCACACAUCACACUUUCCCUUUAUAAUCGUGAAGGAAGACUUAACAGCCGAAGUCUUAUACAAGGAGAAGCCCUUCUUGUUCCGAGCCAUCAUGCUCGUUGCUUCGCCAUUGCCUAGAUCAAGAGUUGUAAAGAUGAAACGCAACACGCUUGCGUACCUAGGCUACAGAAUGCUGGUAGAGGAAGAAAAGACUCUGGAUCUACUCCAGGGUCUGCUAGUUGUCGCCGCCUGGGCGCAUACUUGCUACAUCGAUGAAGGCCAAGUUACGAACCUGGCUUUCCUUGGCCUUGGAUAUGCACACAAGCUAGGAACUACUCAAAUAUCCUCAUCAUUGCCUGAGCAGGUCAAUAGUAAUAGUCGGUCAGGGACCUCGGGUCUGACAGAAAAGAUGCGACAAGAAGUAAAAACACAUUCUCUGGAUGAGCAACGUUGUCUUCUUGGACUCUACUGCGUUCUUUCUGUUAUCUCGACCAAACAGUCUCGAAGCAACCCCCUUGACUCAACACAUAUUGAUAUCUGCUGCAACAACAUAUCAGCCUCCCAAAACACGACAUCCAGCCCCGCCCUAGAACAUCUCGUACGAUUUAUCGAGAUGAGCGAAAGAUUGUCAAAAGGCUUCGGUGAACCACAUGAGCGGACCCUCUCUAGGCCCUAUGCUUUUCUCCUCGAAGGUAAUGGGCGUCGUUUUCGAGCCGAUUUGGAACGCCUUGCCGAAGUAGCUACUCGAAAUGAUGCUGCAAAUCAUCAUCGGAUUUUCCAGCUUUAUCAUCAGUACACUCUAGUACGUCUUUACGAGCCUGCCGUUAUGGUGGCAGAUCAUCCAGACGAAGGCGUUGCACCGUUCGUUUAUCUCUUGAUCUGCCUCCGUAACUGUCUUGAUGCCAUACGGUCCUUCUUUGACCUUCUACUAUCCUCUCCACCAGAGGAAAUACUAAAACGUUCAAUUAUAACCACUGAUCAAGCUGCGUUUGUCAUGGUUCUAGCGGCACGUCUACUGCUCGUCGACGCCCCUGGUUGGGACCCCAUGGCCGCCCGGCAGACACUCGACCUGAGCGUCGUGCUGGGGGAGAUACAGGCACACAUUGAGAAGGCAGAGGCACAGCACAUGAAGGCGAUGCAAGAAUUUGCUGCCGUGGCAGGAGAUACGCUCUCUGAAGAGGAAAAGGCCGAGGAUAGCACAUUGGGGGAGCUAGCCAUGAAGACGCGGUUGCUGAAGGAGUGGUAUGAGACAAGACUCAAAGGUGAACAUGCUGACAAGAUGCCCUCUAUGCAUUGCUUCUCGAUGGAGGCAAGAGAUGGCGAGACUGAAGAGGGCAUGACGCGGCUUGGAGGGCUUUUGAAUGACAUGGCAUGGAACUUUCGGCCAUUUGGAUGGUAA